ACUUUUAUUAUACUCCGUGUAUGUUGUAGUAGUAGUUUUAAAGCAUAUGUCAGCACCACUUCUACCUGAGAGGCUGAACUCAGGGCUUAUCAGCCUCUCACAGACUGCGCGGGUUAAUUACAAAUUGUCAACAGCGCCGUUGUUUUGCUAACGCUAACGUAGGUUAACAAGUGGUCGAAAUAGCUGUCUCACCAGCUUCCAUACGAUAAUAUAUUUAUUCGUCACCUGCGUUUUAGAGAAGGGAUUCUAAUAGAUGCAUUCCGGGGGACAACCAAGCCGUUACUGACUACAAAAUGAUGAAACUAGCGAACAGUUAGCUUCGGUCUCCUAAAGAGUCGUCUAAUGUUACAAGACAGAAAUAGCUAACGUUAGCUAACACAAAUGGAGACCAAGUACCCUACCUUGAGGAGACCAAAAAGGAAACUCUGCUACCUUACAAACAAGGAAAGUCCACCUAAAGAAUGGGCACCACCACUGACACUGGGGGACAUUGAUAGGAUGUUUGACGACUUGGGUCCAUCCUCACAUGAUGAUGACGACUUACUUCCUCCAUCUCCUCUGCUCCAGACCUUUGAUAAUGAGACAAACCAGUGUGAGAGAGAGGCUUCACCAGUCCUACAGGCUGGCCACCGGACUGAAGAACAUCCAAGAGGCCAAAUGGGUCUUGAAGGAGAUGUUCUGCUUCCUGUCACAAGGUCACCCAGUCCUAAACUAGACAUGGAGGUGGACUUCCCAUUCAAAGCAUAUGGGCCAGUGAAGACAUCCAGCCCUAUUGAACUGAAUAUGGUUGUGAAAGAUGUAGAAGAACUAGACAAUGAAAAAGACCAGGAUGUGUCUCCAAUACUCUUUGCCUGUGAAGAUGACCGUAAAGACGAGGCAAAGACGAAACCUUUACUCACCCAGAAACUCCAUUGCAAUGAGCCUGUCACAGAGAAAAGUGAUGACUUGGAGUCUCCUCCAAGCAAGGUUGCUUUAACCAAACCCAAGAUGUCCAGUCAGAAAAACGAGGUUGAGGGAUCACACAAAGAGAGCCACCCAGUCAAAGAAAAAGCAGCCAAGAAACCUCAAACAGAUGUUUUGGAGGGCAAAAGAAAAGCACCACUGCAAGAAAACACAGACCUGCCAGUGUCAGCAGUGCGUCAGGAGCGUGAAGAUGCAGCUCCUAAGAAGAACUCAGGAAGUGCUCCCAGGCAGCCAUCGGUGGCGGUGUCCGCCCGUGUGGCAAAAGACAUGACAGCUUUUCUACAAAAGCUUAGAGAUGCUGGACAGCCCAAACCUGCAUGUUCCAGGAAGUCACUGUCACCGGUAAAAGUACCCACUCCUCCUGAGCCAGAGGAUGAUUUCCUGAUCCUGGAGGAUGAAACACCUCUUUGGAUUUCCAUUCCAAGUAAAACUGCCUCCAGUAAGAAGCAGAAACAGAGCAGAACUUCCAGUACCGACAAAGACAGCUCAACAGACAAAGAGGCGAAGCAUAGCUCGCUAGAGAAUGCACAAAAACAGCAGGAAUCUGAACAGGACCACAGAAAACUGGGAAGUCAGACUGUCAAUCCGAAAACGAAGAAGACAAAAGGGAAAGAGAAGAACAAUGAGGUGACUGAGCCUGGAAAAGAUAAGAAUGAAUUGUGCAGUCCUGAGGAUCUCCCUGCAGGUGACUUGAUGGAACAAGAAAAACCAAACAAAAAGAAACGUCUCAAGAUGGUACCAUCUAAAGAAAGUGAUGAGGCAGAGGAGCAACCUAAAGACACAGCUAGCAGGCAGACAGAUGAAGAAAGACCCACUCUGAAAAUGGAAAAGAAAGCCCAGAAGUCCUCUGUCACGAAGAGAUCAAAGUCUUUAAAAGAUGGGGAUGAAAAUGCCAAAACAAGCAGGGCUAAGUCAUUGAAGGGGGCCAGAAAAGCGAUGCAGGGAUCUGAUGCAGUAACUGAGACGGUGAAGGAACCAAGUCAGGAGCAUGCUGAUGCUGAAGACCUGGGUUCUCUUUCAGACAAAGAAAUCAAGAAUUCUGAAGCACAAACAGAAAAUGAUUUAGCAGAUGGAAAUGAUAAACAAAACAAACUGCCGGUUGUGUCUGAAGGGAGUUCAUCGGAAGACAGUCAGAUGCUUGGGAGAAGGAAAAGGCGGCAGACUGGACAGUGGUGGUUGAGCUGCCCUCAGAGCACAGAGGAAACAAAGGUUACAGACCACCAGCCUACACUCAAGAAGUCGAAGCCGAACAACAAAGAGCCCAGCGCAGCAGGACCUUCACCUGCAAAGACUAAGAAGGAAAGAGUUUUGAAGAGAAGGAAUCAGACACAAAAGGCACCGUCAUCCAUUCAGAACACAAAUAAAACUAAAGAAAAGAAAACCAAGCGGAACAAAAACAGAAAUACAAGAGAAGACACACCGGACAAGAAGAAAGUAACAGACAAGGUACUUAACGGAUUUGAGGCAGAGCAGAUCGAAGAGCAGGAGCAGCAGCAGGAGAUUGUGGACCAGGACCCGGUUCCUGUAGAUAGUAGCCCUUUGGACCUUACACACAGAGACCACAGCCUAAGCUCAGGGGAUCAUGUGUUUCAAAGAGUAUACCAUCACGUCUCUAAUGAAAAAUUGUCCAGCAAGCCAGAUCCCGUCUCUCCCAGAAGACCUAGGGAGCAGCUCAGGGCUGCAGAACCAGAGAAACGGCAGAGGAAACCUCCUAGUAAGUGGUGGACGGUCGAUGGCAUGUCCAAGGACGUGGAGAGCAUCCCCUCACAGCCCAAACCUCAUAAGGAAAGAAAAAAGCAGUCUAAAAUGAGCAGAUCUCCUGGACUUGGGACUCCCAAAAAUGGCAACGUGGCAGUCUCAUCAAAACCGCUAGGGGGAACUCCUGUGCCUCCUCUGAAAGUGAAGACAUUGUCCGCUCCAAAGACUGUCAAGCGCUCUCUGGCUACCUUUGAAGACAUUUUCACUUCAGUCACAGAGACCCCGAGGGUGGUCAGCAGCAGAGAAGCAGGUCAGAAUAACAGACAUAUCAUCACCGGCUGUUCAGCACUCAGUAAGACUGAUGAAGAGGUUCUCAGUAUGGAUGCUGGUGAAUUCAACAGCUCUCCCAACCAGGAGAACCCGCAGAACAGUCAGUCAGAUAACAUGUUUAAAGCCCUCCAAAGUGGGCCGUCCUCCAUGAUUGAGCUGGAACUGCACGAGGAGAAUGACGACUUGAUUCUGCCGUCAUCCAGAGUCCACGCUGUCCUCUCUGUAUCAGAUCUGUGUGCUCCUCCUCUCAAACCGCUGGUCUUACAACCGAAGGACAAGGCCAACCUGACGGAGUGGUUUAAGUGCCUCUGGUCAUCCACUGUGGACAAUGGUCCUGAGAUCACGCCGGACCAGUUUGAUUGGUACUUCUAUCAAGGCAGAGCUAUCGGCAUCCUGGUGGACCUGAACUGUGGCUCCAUCUGUAGCGGGAAAAUCCUGCUGGGAUCCUACAUGAAGAAGCCUCUCUGGGUGGAUCACAGUGCCGCAACAGUUUUUAACUUGUUAACGAGUUCUGUGAGUGUACUCAUCAACGGCAGCAAGUCCCGCUUCGGUCCAGGACAAUCCUUCAUGGUGCCAUGUGGACAUGCUUACAGCCUCCAGAACGUCACUGCACAGCCUGCAGUUCUGUACUUCACCAGGAUAUUAGCAGAAAGUUUAGACUGAAAUUGUCAGCUGAAUGAAACCACAUGUUCCUCAGAAAUGACCAAAUGCUUAAUGUUAUAAAAAAGACUAGAUGUCUGGAUUUAAAUUGACUUUCUGUAUUGGACUCCGAGCUGUAAAUAGAAAAUGUUUGGCUGUAAAGUUUUAAUGAACUUAUUUGACUCUUAUGUAUACAAGCUUGUAUGCUUGUAAUGGUUCAGGUAAAACAGAAAACAAUUUGUAAAUAAAGUUUUGUUUUUUUUGUUUUUUUAAACUUGAGUUGAAUUUGGCCUUUUCUUAUAAUUGUUUGUUUCCAACCUCUAGAGGGCAGUGUACAGCAGUAGUCUGAAACUCGUAUUUAACAGAUAUGGUUUCAGUCAGCAUUCAAACAAGGUCUUUAUUUGCUGUUAAUUUCGAUGUAGGUUUUGCAGUUUAGGCUAAUCUGUCUUUUACAGAGUGUAAGUCUAUAGCUCGAACAGGAUUUCUAUUGAUUCUAGAUUAUGUUUUUUAAAAGUAACUACAAAUGCACCACCAAGAACUCUUAAUCUGUAACUACGCAUAAUCUUUUACAAGAUGGUCAUGUGUUUGGGUAAAGUUUUCAUCUGCAAAGUUACUGGUAACCAAAGUUACCAAAUAAACGCAGUGGAGUAAAAAGUACAAUACUUCUCAGAAAUGUGGUGGAGUAUGAAGUAGCAGAACAUGUGAAGUCAAGUACAGUAAUUGAAUAAAUGUACUAACUUUCUUUUGCAAAUACAUUUUUUAAAAAUGA